AUGGUACCAAAUUUUCGUUCCUAUUUAUUUGCCUGGUUCUUGACAAUUUUAUCAGGUGCACGAGCUGAUUCUAACUUAACGAUUAAUUCUUAUGAUCCUGAAUAUGGGGUAUAUAUUGGCGAAUUGCCAGAUCCAUCAGAUGCAAACAUUAAAGGACGAGUUUAUAUCGUAAAUGAAACAACUUUACAAGUCAUCAAUUUUACUUAUAAUGGCAAAGCGCCAGGUGAGCUAAAUUUCAGUGCAUGUCUUAAAAUUACUAUCAUUCUGGAACUGAAUUUAUUUCCAUUUCUGUAA